AUGAAGAGUGCGUCGGACUUUGAAACACAGAAUAUAAAAUACCACAGUUAAGAGUGGCAGUUUCUUUUUCCUCGAAAUAAGGAUAACGUAUUAAUCUUCUUCUAGCUUCAUAAUAUAACAUUUAAAAAUAUUUAGAUGUUAUUCUUCGCAGACACGACGUAGAUUGAGCCGCUUUUUCACAGUCAGAAGCACCUGUGUUGUAUUCCUGGAGUGUUCGGGUCCUGUUUGUGUUCCAACAUUUUCAAAAGGCAUCUCUAGAUGCUUAUUGGAAUGGAUUGGAAAAUCUUGGCCUACUGUGUAGGCUUUUAUGUUUGCCAUGUUGUAGUUUCAUCUUUGCACCGUAGAGGGAACUUUACAGCUGCAGUUUAUGAACAUCAGGUAAUACUGAAUCCCAAUCCCAGUGUUCCUUUAAGCCGCCAGUCUGCACUGAAGCAUAUGAAGAAAAAUCUUGACAUAUAUGAAGAGCAAGUAGCCUUAGCAGCUAAGCAGGGAGCUCAGUUGAUUGUGUUUCCAGAGGAUGGUAUCCAUGGCUUCAACUUCACAAGGCAGUCUAUUGAGCCGUAUCUGGAGAGGAUACCAGAUCCUAAAUCUAUCAAGUGGAGUCCAUGUUUGAACCCUGGCAGGUUUCCCAACACAGAGGUUUUGCACCGAUUGAGCUGUAUGGCAAAAACUAACCGCAUUUAUGUGGUAGCAAAUAUGCCGGAUCGACAAGACUGCCUGCCUAGAGACCCACACUGUCCACCUGAUGGAAGGUACCAGUUCAAUACGGAUGUGGUCUUCAGCGAUGACGGCACCAUUGUUGCUAGGUACCACAAGCAAAACUUGUACUUUGAAGCAGCCUUUGACACCCCUGUGGAUUACGAGUAUGUUAUCUUUGAUACGUCUUUUGCUGGCCCCUUUGGCAUAUUUACAUGUUUUGACAUACUUUUCUAUGAACCAGCCGUGACCCUAAUAGAAAAAUUUAAAUUGAAACAAAUUGUUUUUCCGACUGCAUGGAUGAAUCAGCUUCCUCUCUUAUCUGCAAUUCAAAUACAGCGGUCUUUUGCCUCCGCGUUUGGACUGAACCUUCUGGCUGCUAAUAUCCACCAAACUGAUUUGGAUAUGACAGGAAGUGGCAUUUACACCCCUUCACACUCCUUGUAUCACUAUGACAUGGAUAGUCAUAAUGGCAGGCUGCUUGUAGCCACGAUUCCUGUCAUUUCUGACAGUUCAAACGAUGAUACACUCGUAGACAACUGGCAUUUAAUUUCCUCCAGAACCUUAAAUAUGGCCAAGACAAACAACUUACAGUUCUGUGACAAUGAAUUUGAAGAGUGUUCAGGACAUUUUCCCAGUCAAGAUCCUUUUAUGAAACCUUUCCACGCACUAAUGAUGUAUGAUAACUACACCUUCACUCCGCUGCUGGCAGCAAAGGGCAAUGUUGCCGUUUGUGAUGGCUCAUUAUGCUGCCACUUGUCUUACGAGCGGUCCCCUCCAUCUAGUGAGCUGUAUGCACUGGGUGCCUUUAACGGUCUACACGUGGUUCAUGGUACUUACUAUCUUGAAGUGUGUGCACUUGUGAAAUGCCCGGGCUCACACUGGCAUAGCUGUGGUGGAGGGACAAUACAUGCUAGCAGCGCUCUAAAUUUUCACUUAUGGGGUAAUUUCACCACUCGCUUUAUUUUCCCCCAGAUCUUAGCGAGUGAGAUGCAGCUGCAUAUUCCUGAUAAAAUGGGCUGGGAAAAAACAAACUUCUUUAUGACGAAGAGCAACAUGUCUGCUGGUCUGAUAACAGCUGCACUGUAUGGAAGAGUUUAUGAAAAGGACAAAGGGCCCGACGACAAACCAUAGCUGACAAUAUCAGGCACAGCGUCUUUGAUGGUGUCAGCUUUCUGGGUGUCGUCACAAUGAAAAAGAUUGAGGCUGCUCCGGAUCUAGACAAACGUACAGAAAUGUAUUGUGGUUCUGAUUUGUGAGCUGGUAUUUAUGUGAAAAAUAACAAAAGCAUUGGCCUCAGUGUCAGAUCCUGAAAAUUCACAGUUUUAAUGUUUGACUUUGUCAGUAUGGGCCAAGUUAGGCUAAAUUCUGGCCUUUCAUAUUUAUAUCCUUGCAAACAAACCCCAAUCCUGCCUAAACAAAUGAAACUCUGGCUGUAGCGACUUUGACCCAUCAAUCCAAAUGGAAAAAGGCUCCUUAACCCGUGCAGAUGCUGAGCGGUCCCUUAAAACGCACCCCCCCAGCCACUUCCCGGCAACCCAAACGUCUUUGGCAUGGCAGCUCUUUUAGAAUCGCUUUCUUCACAAACUGCUCUACAGGUCUCGCUCGUGAUUGCUUGAUAUCCUCACUUGCCCCUGUCGAAAAUUUUACUUUAUUUUCAAGUUGCUCUUCUUUUAUUUUUUUUUUUCUUUGACAGAGUGAGUAGCCUGGGAUGUGUGGUUUUAGUCUUCUUAUAUUAAAAAAAAUUGUUGUGAUUACUGUACAAAAAUGUUAAUAAAUGGAAUUCUUUACUCAAAAA